CCAUCCGUGAGAGAGGGUCCGAUCUAUUCAGAAUUGGGGGCUUCUGGCCUUGGAGUUGGUGGAGCGGAGAUGAGACCUCCGGGCUGCUGGUCUGAGAGCCUGGCUUUGAAAACUUGGUUACCGAGGCUUCUCUCCUCAAGAUCUGAAUACAGUGUUAAAGAUAUCGCAGCUAAAAAGUUUUAUUCAGGAAUACUGUGCCUGUUACUCAACAUAGUUUCAACUUUCCAGCUAAAUGACUUAUGUGCCAGUGAUACCGGAGUCCUACAGCCAUGUUCUUGCAGAGUUUGAGUCUCUGGAUCCAUUACUUUCAGCCCUGAGGCUGGACUCCAGUCGUCUAAAGUGCACAAGCAUAGCUGUGUCUCGGAAAUGGUUGGCUUUGGGAAGUUCGGGAGGAGGACUCAAUCUCAUUCAGAAGGAAGGCUGGAAGCACAGGCUUUUUCUUUCACACAGGGAAGGUGCAAUUUUUCAGGUCGCCUGUUGUUUACAUGAUGAUGAUUAUAUUGCUGUAGCUACCAGUCAAGGUCUCGUAGUUAUUUGGGAAUUAAAUCAGGAGCGUCGUGGGAAACCAGAACGAAUUUAUGUGUCUUCAGAACACAAAGGCCGAAAAGUUACAGCUCUCUGUUGGGAUACAGCUAUUCUUAGAGUUUUUGUAGGUGAUCAUAUGGGGAAAGUUUCUGCCAUCAAACUCAACACUUCUAAACAAGUAAAGGCAGCUGCUGCCUUUGUGAUGUUUCCUGUUCAGACAAUAACAACAGUUGACUCCAGUGUUGUCCAGUUAGAUUAUUUGGAUGGAAGACUACUUAUAUCUUCACUUACUCGAUCCUUCUUGUGUGACACUGAGAGAGAAAAAUUUUGGAAAAUCGGAAGCAAGGAAAGAGAUGGAGAAUAUGGAGCUUGUUUCUUUCCUGGAAGAUGUUCUGCAGGCCAGCAACCCCUAAUAUAUUGUGCUCGCCCUGGCUCCAGGAUGUGGGAAGUGAACUUUGAUGGGGAAGUUAUAAGUACCCAUCAGUUUAAGAAACUCCUCUCGUCACCACCUCUCCCCGUGAUUACUCUAAGAUCAGAACCUCAGUAUGAUCAUACAGUUGGAUCUUCCCAGUCUUUGUCUUUCCCCAAACUUUUGCAUCUUAGUGAACACUGUGUGCUGACAUGGACAGAAAGAGGAAUUUAUAUUUUCAUUCCUCAGAAUGUACAAGUUCUUCUUUGGAGUGAAGUCAAAGAUAUUCAGGAUGUGGCCGUCUGCAAGAAUGAGCUGUUCUGUUUGCACCUAAAUGGGAGAGUCUCACAUCUUUCUCUGUUAUCUGUGGAGCGCUGUGUGGAGCGCCUGCUGAGGAGAGGCCUGUGGAACUUGGCUGCUUGCACCUGCUGUCUUUUCCAGAAUUCUAUCAUUACCAGCAGAGGAAGAAAAUCUUUGACUGUGGAUAAAUUGGAGCAUUUGAAAUCUCAGUUGGACCUCACAACCUAUAGUGAUCUGAUUUCUCAACUGGAAGAAUUGAUCUUAAAAUUUGAACCUUUGGAUUCAGCUUGCAGCAGUAGAAGAAGUUCUAUUUCGUCACAUGAAAGUUUCAGCAUCUUGGACUCCGGUAUUUAUCGUAUCAUCAGUAGUAGGAGAAGCAGUCAGUCAGAUGAAGACUCUUGUUCCCUUCACAGCCAAACCCUCUCAGAAGAUGAGAGACUCAAAGAAUUCACCUCACGUCAAGAAGAGGACCAACCAGAUCAGUGCUGGAGCUCACAUGGAAAUGAAGGUGAUAAUGACAGUGUUUCUCAUGCUCCUGUGACGCCUGAGACAGAUAAGAAUGAAACUUUUCUCCCCUUCAGCAUUCCAUUACCAUUUCGUUCUCCAUCUCCUCUUGUGUCUCUUCAGGCUGUCAAGGAAAGUGUUUCUAGCUUUGUACGUAAAACUACUGAGAAGAUUGGCACCCUUCAUACAGGCCCUGACCUGAAAAUAAGACCAGAACCCAGGGGCGAUGAGCAGUUAUGUGAAGAGGAUGUGAGUCCAGUCACCUGGCCAAAGGAAGAAGACACUGAGGGGAAAAAAGAAGUAAUUAGUCAACCUCCAGAAGAGGACAAGUUCCAGGACCUCAAAGUAGCAACAGCAGAGGCAAUGACCAAGCUUCAGGACCCACUGGUUUUGUUUGAACCCACGUCUCUGAGAACGGUUUUACAGGAGUGGCUUUCACAGUUAGAAAAAACAUUUGCCAUGAAGAACUUUUCAGACAUUUCAGAUACUGGUAACUCAUCCGUGGCAUCAAACCAGGAUGUGCUAUUGUUUGAUGAGUCAAAAAAGGGAGUAUUAGAUGAAGAUAAUGAAAAAGAAAAAAGCGACUCUUUAGGCAACGAAGAAACUGUUGAUCAAACAGUAUGUGAAUCUGCAAGUAGUCUGAAGGAGCCCUUGGAUGACCUUUUCCAAGUGUGUUCUCCAUGCAGCAUAGCCAACGGUCUUCAGAAGGAUCUGGCUGAAUUAACAACCCUGUGCUUGGAAUUGAAUGUGUUGAAUUCUGAGACCAAAAACGCAAGUGGACAUGUGGACCACGCUCUGCAGCAGUACUCUCCUGAGGUUCUGGCUUGUCAGUUCAUAAAGAAGUACUUUUUUGUCCUGGACUUGAAAAGAGCAAAGGAGAGUAUCAAGCUUAGUUACGCUAACAGUCCUUGUGUUUGGGAUACUUUUAUUGAAGGAUUGAAAGAAAUGGCAAGUUCCAGUCCUGCAUAUAUGGAGAUGGAAGAAGGAGACCUACCAACAAGCUUAAAGUUAGUGAAUGACUCAGUCCCCUUUGACAGUCCUUUGUUGAUUGCUUGUGCCGCCCGAUUGUAUGAAAAGUUUGGAGAAUCUGCUCUUCGGUCCUUAAUCAGGUUUUACCCAUCUAUUUUGCCUUCGGAUGUCAUGCAACUUUGUCAUCAUCAUCCUGCUCAGUUUUUAGCCUAUUUGGACAGUCUGGUGAAAUCAAGGCCCGAAGAUCAACGCAUGAAGAUUGGUGAUUUUUCUCCCCAACUUUCUUUUAGGCCAUCCUUCCUUGAGUCCCUUCUACAGCCAGAAUCUUUAAGAUUGGAUUGGCUGCUUUUGGCACUGUCCCAUGAUGCUCCCCCAAGCACAAGCACUAUGGAUGAUGAAGGAAACCCCAGGCCCCAUUCACACUUGUUUUCCUGGGGUUACAGUCAGCUGGUGCUUCAUCUCAUUAAAUUACCUGCAGAUUUUACAACCAAAGAGAAAAUGACUGACAUCUGUAGGUCUCAUGGUUUCUGGCCUGGAUAUCUUACUCUUUGUUUGGAGCUGGAGAGAAGAAGAGAGGCCUUCAACAACAUUGUGUGUCUGAAUGAUAUGAGCCUGAUGGAAGGGGAUAAUGGUUGGAUCCCAGAAACUGUGGAGGAAUGGAAGCUUCUCCUACAUCUCGUACAGAAUAAGAGCAUGAAGCCAGCCCCCCAGAAGUCACCAAAUGGGAACUUCAGUGAUGGGCCUUCUCCCAUCAGUGUGGAAAAUGUGGCUCUCCUGUUAGCUAAGUCCAUGGGCCCAGAUCGCGCCUGGUCACUGCUACAGGAAUGUGGUUUGACCCUUGAGCUGUCACAGAGGUUUACUAGAACCUGCGAUAUCCUAAGAAUUGCCGAGAAAAGGCAGAGAGCCUUGAUACAAAGCAUGCUUGAAAAAUGUGAUCGGUUUCUCUGGUCUCAGCAGGCCUAGUGGAAGAAGACUCAUCACAACGUCAUAACAUUUUGAGAAAAACUGAAUCAUGCUCCUGAGCCUCCUGAGCACAUUUGUUGUGGAAGGAAAGGUACCCCCUCAAAACCCUGCCACCUUCCUGGGAAUACUUUUGUCAGUGUCCAUACCUUCUGUGUUUGUGGCUCUGUGACCUCAGUGUUUCUCAACCAGGGAUGGAUUUUGAAAAGAAUCAGUCCUUGUUUACUGAAUCGAAGUGCCCUGGGGUCAGAAUGUGAAAGUUCACAGCUGAACUACAGUAUUGUUUUCCCCUUGCUAGUGAAUCGGGGGAAUUAUUUUUCUAUUGUGACUCUUGAUAUAAGAGCAGAAGUUUCUCAUCCUGCUUGUAGGAAGACAGAUAGUCAUUGGCAGGAGUUGGAUUUUUUUUUAUAUCUUAUCUGGGAUAGUUGAGAAAUUAUUGAAAUAAAACCUGCCAUAAUAGAAUUAACACAUGAAAUAAGUGAAACACUGAAGAUACAAAUUAGAUAUUUACAUGAAAUGGCCCAUAUUUAAAUAGAGCUAAUUUAAAAUAUAUUUUUCUCUAGUAUUUGACAUUUUCUAAUCUGAACCUAUAUACAAAUGACUAAUUUAAUACUAGAAAUGUUUUAUCUCUAAUCUAUCCUAAACAGUGGUCCAAAGGAAUCAUGCACCUUUAAAAAUUGUUUUUUGAAAGCCAUAAUAAAGGAAAGCUAAGUACUAACAAAGACUGCAGCAAGCACUUGUAUCAUUGAAGCCAUGCACUAGAAUGCCUCCGUCAAGCUCCUGUAUGUUUACAUAGCAUGUUACGUGAAUGAUACAUGUAAAAUCUGGUUAAGUUUUUAUUUGAAUAGAAUACAGACAUGAGGUUUAUUGUGAGCAGUUUGAAGGAAGGUAUUGGAGUAAGUUCAAUGUGGAGUAAAAAAAAGUGUUGGAUAUGU